UGGAACUUCAUGUGAUGAUUGUGAUAUAGCUAAAAGUGAAAUCAUGUCUAAUAUAAAAUGUAAUUUUUAUAUCGUGAAGUGUAAAUUAGAACUUUGCAUCCUUCUAUGUUUAAUUACCGCGUUUGGAUUAGUGACACCAUUCAACGUGUGUUCUGAUAACCUAUUAUUAUUCAACAAAAAUGUAUCUCAAAGUAAUAUUAAUUACUUGUCAUAUAGACUUCCAAAAGAAGUCAUUCCAACGAAAUACAUUGUUCAUUUACACAAAAAUGAGAAAAAUUUCACGUACUUUGGAUUGGUGUCGAUAUACCUGAAAGUUCUGGAACCAACAAGCACUAUUGUAGUGCAUAGUGAUGGUUUACGUAUCAUAAAAGAAGAAGUGGAUCUCUAUCGAAUGAAAAUUCUAGACGGAUGGAGAUUUCCUUCAAUUCGUGAAUCAAUUAUAUGCCAAUUUCAUGAUCCAGAAAGGCAGUUUUAUGUACUAAAAACUGAGAAAAGAUUGGAAUCUGAUGAAUAUAUGUUAUCGAUUAAGUUCGAGGGUGAAAUACGAGAUGAUGUAUUUGGAUUUUACAGGAGCUCGUACAUCGAAAAUGGCGUAACAAAAUGGAUAGCAGUUACUCAAUUUUCACCGGUGUAUGCACGUCGAGCAUUUCCUUGUAUGGACGAGCCACAUUUGAAGGCAGUUUUCCGACUAACAAUUAGUGUUUAUAAUGAGACAGUGACGAGUAAUACAAAAGUUCAAUAUAGGACACCAUGGAACGAAUAUGGGUUUGAAGAAACGCCGCGAAUGUCCACGUAUCAGCUAGGUUGGGCGAUCCAUGACUUCGUUUCCGAAUCAUCGAUAAACUCUUCACAAAACUUCCGAAUGUGGACUCGAAGAUCUAUGAAUAAUCGCGGAUCGAUUUCGCUGAAUGAAGGCCAAUUAAUUUAUUCUUUCCUGAACAAUUGGUUUCUAAUUGACAAUCCAAUCCCAAAGAUGGAUCAAAUUGCAGUUCCCGACUUCAACUUUCACGCGAUGGAAAAUUGGGGUAUGAUCACGUAUAGAGAAUCUGUAGUAUUAUACGAUGAAUUUACUCCUACGAAGAAUAUGUUCGAUGGAUUUACCACUAUGGCUCACGAAUAUACUCAUACCUGGUUCGGAAAUCUCGUUACACCUAUGUUUUGGGACGUUGCUUGGCUGAAAGAGGGAUUCGCCUCGUAUUUUCAAUAUUUUGCCUUGUCCAUAAUACAACCAACGUGGAGAAUGAUGGAUAUCUUCGUGGUGGAUAUGAUGCAACCUGCGAUGUUAUUGGAUUCUGCAAAUCACGACAGGGUUAUGAAUGGAAGGAAUGUUGGGAGUCCUAAGAGCAUUAUGGCAGUGCUAGAUUUUGUUUCGUAUAAGAAAGGUGCAUCCGUGAUUCGCAUGCUCUCCCACGUGAUCGGUGAAGCAGCUUUUCAAGAUGGUUUACGAAGUUAUGUGAAAAACAUGUCGUACGCAGCAGCUACUCCAUAUGAUCUGUACAAACAUUUGCAAAAUUAUACUGAUAAAUGGGGUGAACUACAGAUCAAUGUGUCGAUUAGUGAUAUUAUGGAAUCUUGGACAAAUCAACCAGGAUAUCCUUUGGUGACUGUUGUGCGAAAUUACGAAAUGCAAACAUUUACUGUAUCUCAAGAACGAUUUUGUUGGGGACAAAAGCAGUCAAUAUUCGAAUGGUGGAUACCAUUGAGUUUCACUACAGGAACAAUCGCGAAUUUUUCUAAUACAACCCCAACAUACUGGUUAAAACCAGAAAACGAAAGUUUAAUUGUGCCAUUCCAUGUUUCAUCGGAUGAUUGGAUCAUUUUUAACAUUCAACACGUUGGAUAUUAUCGAGUGAAUUAUGAUGAAGACAAUUGGCGAAUGAUUACUUAUUACCUGAACUCGAAACACUUUCAGAAGAUACACAGAGUGAACAGAGCUGCCCUUAUAGAUGACGCAUUCAACCUAGCCAGAGCAGGUUAUUUGGAUUAUGGGAUCCCAUUUAAUCUUUCGAAAUACUUGAUUCAAGAGUCUGAUUAUGAACCGUGGGUCGCUGCUGUGAAUAAUUUCAAGUUUUUGAAUAAAAUGUUGAGCAGCGAAACGAAAGUACAGCGGGCUUUUCAAAAAUAUGCAGAUCGUUUGUCAAAACCCAUAUACGAGCAACUCAAUUUUACCGAGUCUGCACACGAGGAUUUGAUGAUCACAGCGAAAUUAUACAAAGAGCUAAUCUUAUCGACUUCCUGUUUGGUACGCAGCGCCAAUUGUUUAAGCGUCUCGAAAACCUUGUUUCAGAACUGGAUUACAGAUUUUAAUAAAAGCAUACCACGAGAUGUUAAGAGCUUUGUUUAUUGCGAGGGAAUACGUAACGGGAGCGAAGAGGAUUGGUACCUAGUGAUAGAUAGAUGGCUAAACACUGAUCUACAGACUGAACAAGAUCUGUUACUGCAAGGUCUUGGAUGCACGCAUAAAGCUAAUCUGAUUAAAACGUAUCUCGAGCUAUCAAUAUCUAAUGUGCAAAAUGUUCGUAAACAACAGAGAAUGAUGAUAGUGAAUUCCAUUUUAGAUGGGAAUGUUGAGAAUGUAAAUCAUGUUUUGGAAUUUGUUCAGUCGAAUUUACAGAGGAUCAUUAAACUGAGAGGAUACGAUUUUGUGGGCAAAGUGAUUAGCGCCAUCGGGGAAAGAAUGACAACAGCAAAGCAAACAGAAAUGUUGAAUACGUUUAUCAAAAUAUAUUCCGAAGAACUAAAGUCAAUAUUGGAUACUGCAAAACAGUCAUUAUCUGUGGCCUUGGAAAACGUGGAAUGGAUUAAAAAAUUCAUGCCCAGUAUUGCUAAAUACUUUAACACACCUUAUGGUAAUUAAUACUAGACUUAUUAAUAAAAUGAAGGUCAUUAGGGUUCUUAGUGAAAUUAUUUGUAUGUAAUUGUGAUGAUUUCUUUUCCUAAAUAAAGAGAGAA